AUGGCUCCUGACAACGACGACUCGGAUGCGCAAUCGCCAGAAGCCACGUCCUCAGUGCGAAGGAGAUCACCGCCGCCAGGGUCCAACCCGCCAAGAUCAAAGCGCGCCAAGUAUGCGGCUGCCGCUUGCUCCGAAUGUAAGAAACGAAAGCUCAAAUGCGUGAGAGAAGAAAACGAGGAGGAAUGCCGAAGAUGCAUCACCAGCGGCGUGCAGUGCGUCUUCGGGGCGGCUCCCUCUCAGGAUGGCAGCAUUGCCCCGCGAGAAAGGCCUCGGGCUUCUCGGAGGUCUGCAAGAAGCAGCUUACCGAACGAUGUAAUCAUGGAUGAGAUAUCCAUGCUGCGAGAGCAGGUGGCUAGUCUAGCCAACACCGUAGGCAGACUGGCCUCAGACAAAUCCCGCCAAACAUCCUCCAACUCCCCUAGCUCGCAACGCCACAUGUCGAUACAUGGCACUUCAUCACCGCAAGUACAAGAGCCGAAGCAACCGCAAUUCGUCGGCCCCACGAGGUCCGCCUUCAGCUUGAAAGUCGCCGAGACCUCGCUCACGAGAAUGGGCAUUUCGGCGCAGACCCCGCUCCCAUCCGGUGUAUGCGAGUCGCUGGCACCCACUCGGUAUCCGACGCCCGAACAGUCCGAGCCAGCACUCUCAGUUCCUGGAACAGAUGUGCUUCUCACCAUGCCUCUGGAUGAAGUCGUGAGAUUAUUAGAAGUUUUCCAGGAAGAGGUCGAGACGGUGUACCCUUUUCUCGACACCGGAGAGCUAGUUUCAAAGGCUGCGGAAAUUAGGUGUUUCGUCGAAGACUCCCCAGAUCGACCGGCAACAGCUGGACCGCCGGCUGUGGAUAUCAAAGAUGUCAUUCUAGCAAAAGUUGCCAUCGCCACGAGCAUUGUCGUCGAAGCCCACGGCAAGAACCACGCCAGCAAUAAGCUCGUAGAGCCACUGAAACAUCUCAUAUACCAGCUAUCGAUCGAUGCCCAGGCUGAUCUGAAGGUCAUCCAGAUCAUGACCAUGAUUAGCAUUUACUAUUUCUUUUCUGACGAAGAGCUCCUCGCGUGGAGGAAUAUCGGUAUAGCGGCUCGAGCGGCGCUGGAAAUGGGCCUACAUCAGAACCUGAGCCUCGUCGAGAACUUUCCAGACGAGCGAGAACGGGGUUUGGCGGUCCGUGUGUUUUGGUGUGUUUAUGUGCUGGAUCGACGAUGGAGUUUCGGGACGAGUCUGUCGUUUGCUCUCAUUGAUCGAGACAUAGAUCCAGACUUGCCUGAGCCACCUGACGAGUUCCCUUACCUUCGAUGUUUGAUCGGCUAUGGCCGACUAUGCUCGAAAGCCUGGGACGCUCUACCGCCGUUCAGCGCGCCAUCUCAAACCAUCCCAAAGGACACUGUCGCGUUCCUCGACUUCACUGCGCAGAACUGGUCAAACUCAAUACCCGACGACCUGCAACUCCGUCAUCCCUUACACCGGGGCACGGCUACCCAGCCACCUCGAGCCUUGCGACGACUACAGGCUUUGCUGUACCUGCGAGGUAACCAUAUCCGCACGUUGAUACACCGGCACCACGUGAUAAGCUCCGCCAGCAUCGAAGCCGAUCCGCAAAAGGCUCGUCUUGUGGUCGACAUUGCCAUCGACAGUAUAUCUGUGCUGGUCCACCUGAGCGAGACGAGCGAUAUAUACAUGCGCCAGCAGAGCGCAUUCAACUACUUCCUCCUGAGCGCCGUUGCCGUUCUGUUUCUGGCAGUAUGUCAUGGCUCUCGGAUAUUUGCCGAGCCAUGCAGAGACAGCUUUCUCUCUGCCGCUGAAUUAGUGAAAGGCUUUUCUCGCCAGGGGACUGCCAGCAGGAGGCUGUGGAAGAGCAUCCGCGGGCUGUUGCCCCUCGCUCAACGGAUCGGUUUGAGGGGCGACGACAGCAAUGGCCGUAGAGAAGAGCUGGGGCGACAGCUCCUGGAUUCAUCUAGCCGAUCUUUCGGGACGAGCAGUAGCCAUCAAGUAGUGUCUGCAGAUACUAUAGAUCCAGGGCUGGGCGGCAUGGCGUCUGGCCAGAACGUUGGAUCGACGGAUUUCGGAACGGCGGCUCCUGAUGCGUUCUCACUCGGUAAUGACUUGAUGUUCCUCUUUGAUGCGUUUGGGCAGACGGAGGAUUCGUGGAACGGUGGGAUGCAGGAUUAUCUGGGCAGUAACGAACAGCAGAUGCCGAUACUAGGCGAGGAAGAGAUAUCCAGACACUUUUGGGGGCUGAUUUGA